AUGGAGGGUAAUCCUUCGUCGAAAUCUGAACCAGAAACACCUUCAUUACUUGCUUUAUUGAAAAAAUAUACAACGCGAAAUGAUGAACGCGAAAGUUUGUGGAAAGAAGGAACACUUGCAUGUCGACAAGAACAAAAAAGUCAAAGUGAAGAAAUCCAGCGAUUGCAAGAAACUGUAAAUAAAUUACAAUCGAAACCGAGCUCAGCUGCGUCGAUAACGAAUUCAACGAUUGAUUAUAAGGCUAAAUGGGAACAAUCCGAAGCAAAAUACAGGCAAUUAGAAAAGAAAUACCAAGAAUUACAAAACAAAACCGAUCAACUACAACUCGAUGCGAAUCAAGCGAAAAUUAUCAAAGAACACAUUGCAGAGAUCUGUUCAUGUCAGAAAUUAACGAAUUCUCAAGUGGAACAAUUAAAAUCACUGGUGAAGAACAAUGUUCCAGUUGAACCAAUCGCAAGUAAAAACGAUUUUCAUCAGCAAACAGUGCAUUUACGUGAUAUUCUUGCUGAACAUAACAAUAAACUAUUAGAUCAAUUGGAGAAAAUGAUCAACAAAAAACGAAAAAGAAAUGUAUACGACGAGGACGAUGAUGAUGAUGAAGAUUACGAGUAG